GCACUUAUAAACGCUUUAAGAACCGAUUAAAGUUUUUGGUGUGGGAAAACACAAAAUCAAACCAAAGCAGGUUUAAAAAAUCUUGACAUUAAUUUGGAGCGUAUGGCCCGGACGUUUAUUGAAUGCUAAGAGGUCUAAUUAUUUAAAACAUGAAUUCUAAUCGGAUAGUGAAUGCUUGUUUCAAAUGGAAAAAUUUCAAAGUAGAAUUGAAGGAGUGUGAAAACUGUAAUUCUGUUAAGAAUUAGCGGCCUUCGCUUCCACGCUAGGCGCCCCAUGGAAUUGGAGAGUCACCGGCACACUUGCUUGAAGCUGGAAAUUCCGAGCAGAGGCGAGCAGGAACCCGGACAUUUCGAACGCAUCUUCGUCAAAGGCACCUGGUUCACAUCUCGCUUCGACCUCUCCAUCACCAAUGGCCUCGACGCUUGGACAUGCAGUGCUUCGGAGGAGGAGAUUCAAGAGAGAGCGUCUCAGUGGGACCAGCCGGUUCCGGAAUACAUUGAAAUGGCGGAGAAGUACUUAGGGUUUCAACAACCCGGUUCGGUUUAUGGGUUCUCUGAUGCCGGUUCUGGCCACAGAAGACUUUCAUGGACAUUUGAGAAAGCAGGAACAAAGCUGGAGUGGCGGUGGAAAUGCCAACCAUCAUCCAAUAACAAGAACACUACAGCUGACAUCUUGGACUUUCUCAUGGAUUCCAACAUACAACUGAGUGAGGAAGUUCUCGACAAAACACAGGCAUUCGAGAGUCUACAAUCUGAAGCCGAAAAAUGCUUAUCUCAAAGUGAGAGGCUUGUCAAAGAGAAGGAAGAAUUUGAAAAUGCUUUAUAUGCAAAGUUUGUUGGAGUAUUGAAUUCAAAGAAAGAAAAACUGAGAGAGCUUCGUGAUAGACUUCAAAACGAACCAUCCGGUAAGGGAGCACAAGAGGAAGAUGAUGAAGAAGAAAGGACGAGUGACACAACGGAGACGUUUGACGAGGAUGAAAGUAAUGAAGAAAGAAGUGAAGAUGAAGCAGUGGACAUGGAUGCUGCUGGCUCCUCCAAAGAUACUACAACCAGAAAGGGCCGUCAUUGAAUUGGUAGAAUGUAGAAACAACCAUUGGACUCUACUUGCAACUAGUAGCUUUCUGCGAUACCAUAUUCACCACAAGGCUAUUGUGAUUUGUAUCUUUUCUUGUAAAGUGUCCAUAUAUAUAAUCCUUCUGUGGCUCCAGCCUAUUAUAAGAUUCUCGCUUUGGUUUGGCUUAUUAAUGGCUGUGGAGUUUCAUGGUUGCGAUUUUAGAUUUAUUUGGGGAGAAGAGAAGUGAUAUGAAUUACACAGUAUUUCUUAACAGUUAAAAAUAGAGUAGAACCCAAUAAGAGGGAGUACAUAUCAAAUUAUUAAUAAUCAUGCAUAUUGUGUAAAGAGAGAACCUGUACCUUAACUGGGUAAAUUGGUUUCGGUUCCGAAUUGGCAUCUAGCUCAAUUUUAGCUCCUUUUUAAAGAUGAAGUAUAAAAA